AUGGAGAAUUAUGGAGUUGAGGUGAAUUCCACGCAGCGCAGGGGCCACUCUGGCGCCCCCGGGUAUUGGAGUAGAGACGUAUCCCAUGAAAAGGACGGCAUCCAAGCUACCGAAGACGCGCCCGCUACACAUGAUGCGGAGCGUCCUUGGUCAUCAUCGCAACCGGCUUCCGCGACAACUUCGGAUGCAGCUCCACCAGAAUCCGGUGGGUGUGAGGAGUCGGCCGAAAAUGACAACGGAACUUCAGAAGAUGAGUCAGAUGGAUAUUCAGAGUCGCCAAUCGCCCAUCCGGAGCUCGAGGUAAAGAAUCUGCAAUCCACUCCCGAGGAGUGCUCUACGGAUGGCACCACUAACUCCGAGAUCUAUGACCCGAGUUACCAGACGUGUGAUACGGAUAAGUUACGCUCAACUUCGUGUGGAAGGGGAGACGGUGUAUCACCUGACGGCAAUGUCGCGGACGUUGAGGCUGAGCCUGACGCGCGAGAUUCCGCCGCUGUAGAGGAUUACUCCAGCGAUUCAUCUGACACAAUCGAAAAUGUUGACAUCGAUUGCAGCGAAUCUGGCGAUAUGGGUAGUGCUGAAUCGUACAUGAAUGAUUCCGCCGCCGCAAGCUCUUACACCAGUGACGCCUAUGAAGAAGGAAAUAAAGACGACGAUAACGCAGAUGUUGACAUUGAGUGUAGCGAUUUGGACGAUGAUUAUGGAACGGCGUUCGGUGUCCAUACUGGUGGAGCACAUCCGGGCCUCGACUGUGCGGAGAGCUCAGAUUCCCUUGAUUGCAGUUUAGGUUACAGUGAUGAUUUUAGCGAUUAUUUUGAGACACCAACCCCAGUCUCUCUUGGUAAGGCCAUCAGAGGCGGUGGAUCCCCGGUUACUGAUGCCAGUAAGGGUGGCGGAAUCGAGGCUUCUGAGUUAAGGAAAAGCGAUGUAGCCGGGACUCCUGAUUUGAGGAAAAGUGAUAUAGCCGGGGCUUCCGAGUCAAAGAAAUGUGAUACAGCCCCCGUCACUGAGGUAAAAAAAGGUGGCGGAGCCGAGGCUACCGAGAAGAAUCCUAGCGAAUCCGAACUCGCUGCGUCUCAUCAAGUGAACCGUCGUACGGAUAUGGAUGCCAUUGACGCAGGCGAUAAAAAUCAUAAGGCUGUAUAUUCAAGUGAACAUGUGAAACCCGCUUACGACACCAUUGAACUCCUUUCAGUUGCAGAGCCCGCUGUUUCUAGCACAGAUGUACCGUCCUCUGCUAAAGUGGAUCACGUUGAGAAUCCCAAGCCCCCUGCACCUAAGGUCAGUGUGUCCCAGGCUGGAGCAACCCUUCAUUCUUCGGAGAAUGCGUUGUUGGGAAGCAAGGAGAAGUUGGCGCCCCCUAAUCCCCCCUCAGUACACCCCUUCUGGCGCCCUUCGCCGCCGGAAGGAGCCCGGCCAACGCCAAACCGCGAUGCUAGCACCGUAACCAAUAGCAAAAGUGAAGAAACGCCCCGGCCCCAGGGUUUAGGCCAGCGACUCACUAAUGAUUUCAAAAAGGCGCAAUUUAUAUCUGAUUUGCGUCGGAUGUCUGCAGACGGCUUCACGAAGAGUGUGGUAAAGGUUGAGCAGGCUCCCACGGCUCCGGCGCCCGUGGUAGCAGUUGCUCCGCCACCAGGCAAUAACAGGGGAUAUGAUGUGGUACCCGAAUCGCCCAGUAGCAUAACCUCUCGGCUCGUAAAGGAAGAAGUCGAACAAUACGUCGGAGGUGUGGAGAAGUACUGCAUGUGGAAUUUGAACCCCAAUACAGGCGAACAUGAAUUCGAUCCCGGACCACUAGCCCUAGACUUUUAUUGUAAUGCGUGCCAGUGCUCUCUCCCGCUUGGAACGUUUCGCAUUCGUUGUGUGGAAUGCGUUGACUUUGAUCUUUGCAUCCCGUGCGCAUGCAAAGGAGCCGAAAAGAACGAGCACAGAAACACCCACAAGUACAUACCCAUCGCUCCGAAUUCGUUUGCAAUUUUCGGAGACUGGAAUGCCGAUGCCGAGCUGCUGCUGCUGGAGGGUAUCAGUAAAUACGGGUUCGGCAACUGGAAUCAGGUGGCCGAGAUGGUUAAUCGCAGGUGCACCAAAAACAAGUCGGCCACGGAAUGCGAGAACCAUUACAACGAGUUUUACAUUCAUUCGCCUUUUAGUCCAUUUCCCGACGUGCGUCGCAUGCGCUCUCCAGUGAAGAGCCAGGGAGCCUUCCAGCGCCUAAACGGUUUCUUCAACUUGGUGCAAAAAGCCCACGGUGAUGAGAAGCCGAGGACAGAAAAGCCACUGGCCGAUGUCGACGAGAACGUUCACCACGUCGACUUGAUUCCUCGUGCCGUGAACAUGAGGGCCACCGUUGGUCCGAGGCUUAAGUUCUUCCAGAACAUGAACGGCUACAACGUGUACCGCGACGAGCUGGAGAUGGAGCACAACAACGACGCUGAGACUUUGAUAAAAGACCUCGAGUUCGAGCCUUGGGACACGCCACCGGAGAUCGACUUCAAGCUUCGGCUAGUUGAGAUUUACAACUCCAUGCUUGAUGACCGCAUUCGCCACAAGCGCAUCCUGAUUCACCGGUUUUGGCACGACUACCCGGUCAGGGAGCAAGCCUUCAAAACUAUGAACCAGAUUGAGAGGUCCGCAUACUGGCGGCUGUCGCCGCUGAUGCGGCUUCAUUCGGAGGAGGACCACAUAAAACUGACUCGUCUAAUAGUUGCGCGCAUCGAGAUAGAGAAGCGCCUGCGGUUGGUGAGCACAUGGUUUUCGCUGGGAUUGCGGACGUUUUCUGAUGUUCAAAACUUCGAUAUUCAGAAGUUCCCCUCUGCCCAUGCGGCGUACCGGAACGCGGAGCUGCAGCCCGUCGCCCGCAACCUGCUAGCCAGCGGGUUCAUGAAGGAGACCACGUUGGACGAUUUUUCCGCACAGUUGUGCGACCGGCUUUGCAACGAGCUGUGCAUAUCCAAGGACCAUGUGAACAACGUUUUGUCCGAGGUGAAUAGGCUGAACGGUGGCAUGCCCAUGCCUAGGGAGCCCAGCACUUCGGUUGUGCCUACGUGGGACUACUGCUUUGACGGCGGCAGACUGGUGGACAGGAAUGUGCAGCGGAUGGCUGCACCUCGUAUCGCACUCAACGAACCCCUCGACCCCAGCUGGCACCCCCGGCUGGUGCUGGAGGGCAACGGCCCGUAUGCGUUGCCUCCAGGGGACUUCACCAACAUUCGCUUCUCGCCUCUUUCAUCCUCCGCGGUACAACAAUCGCAGGUGAUUCCGGGGGUAAAGUCAUGCUUGUACAUAGCAAAGCUUGUGCCUCAGCUAAAAACGCGCGUGCGCAAGAACGUAUGCAAGCGCAAGCGUUCGCUGCUGGCACCUGAACCUGUGAAACGCGGUAACAACCGCAGGUAG